CAUCGCGCGAAUAUUUUGUCUUGUAGAAAAUGACCUUUAUACAUAAAAUUUAUUUGUAAAGGCCGUUUUAUAUGUCAUAGAUAUAUGGGUUUUUAGUCGAGUUGACAUGAAUUGAGCGCUGUUAGAGGUUUAUACUUUAUCAUAUAAACGGGGAAUAAUUUAAAUUCUGGUCGGAAUUUUGAAAAUUUAACACUUGGAAAGCAGAAACUUGAAAACCUGGGAGUAAACUAAAGUUUAAACCAAAUGUUUUACACUUUUCAUAUCAAUUUUUCACCUGUCAUUUGGAUAUUACACAUUUGGCGCUUUCCUGUUAGUUACGCACUUCUGCAAGAUAUAUUUACAGAUAAUGUUAAUAUGGUGUGUCCACCGAUUUUAGAAAGUAUUCAAAAUGGUUUAAUUAAUCGCAUUGUAGCAUACUCCUUCAAUAAUAUUUCCGGCAAGUAUGAAAUGAAUGGUUUUAAUAAAAGUAUUAACUUUCCACUUGCAAACCCGGUAGCUAAAUCUUUUAACGGAAAUAAUGGUAUUGGUUUUAUUUACGGAAAUACAAGAAAAAAUGGAAAUAAUACGUUUCUUAUCAGCGUGGAUAGAACCUCACUUAGUGAUGUUGGUAAUUUUGACGUUGUCAUAACAAUGGCAUUUGAUCUUCCGUUUGGGAGCUUAACUUUUCAAAUGUCAACUUUGGAUGGAUUGAUUUAUAAUCGCUAUUAUUCACGCAAUACUAAUUCAUCUUUAAACAAUUGGCGAAUUUAUAACUCAAGAUACGCUGUUGGUAAUGGUUUUAACUUCCUGAUAUUCGGAUCAAAUUAUGUUAGACUUGAUGACAUUUGCAUUUUUCAAGUUUGUGCAGAUUCUUUUCAAUUUGAUAGUACAAUUAAUAAAUGUACAGAUAAAUGUUAUUAUAAAAAUUGCCACUCUCCAUACUACUGUAAAGUAAUAAAUGAUGCUGCUGUAUGUUCAUGCCCUUUAAAUUAUAAAUUGGAUUCUGAUGGAACAACAUGUUUGAUAAGUACUCUCUGUCUUUCAAAGAAAUGUGAAUACAUUUGUAAUGAGAUAUCAGGAAAUGCUGUGUGCACAUGUCCAACUGGAAUGGCAAUGAAUUCUUUCAAUUUGACAUGCCAAAAAGAAUUGUACUAA